AUGAUUGCCAAACGCUUCCUUGGCAAAAAAGACAAAGACGACUCUCAUCAUCGUAGCAAGUCGACACCGCCAGCUGGGAGACUACCGUCGCUAACCGUCGACCCGCGCCAGCAGUCAUCCAAACCUUCUGGAGCAGAUGCUUUUCGUAACAUCUUCAACAAGAACAAUGGCGACAAGGAGGAAAACGAAAACGAUAUCCAAAGAAGGGAGCUUGAGCUCAAGUUCGACCAAGUGCAACGACGAAUCCAAGAACUGGGCUACCAUGACGUGGGCCGCGAACGAAUCGAAAUCAGCAUAUCGAGCGAAUACGCGCAGGGAGAUGUUGACAAAGCCGUCGAGUACAUUGAUAUUCAGCAGAAGGCGAUACGAGGCGAGAUCAUUCCCUAUAACCGCGAGAUGCACAUGGUAGGCGCCGAAAAUCGGGGCGCGGUCACCUGUUACCUCGACACUCUGCUCUUCUCCAUGUUCGCGAAGAUGGACGCAUUUGAAUGCAUGCUGAAGAAUGACUUUCCGGAAGACAAGGCCAAAGAUUCAUUGGUGAAGCUGCUCCGCAUGUGGGUGAACAUGCUUCGUAUGGGUCGGUUGAUUAGGACAGACUUGACCGAAGAGAUACAAAAUUCUCUCGCUGCUUGCGGCUGGCCAGAAGCAGGCUUGUUGGAACAGCAAGAUACCUCUGAGGCCUUUGGUUUCUUGACAGAGACCCUACAACUACCACUGCUUUCUCUCCAGGUCGAUUUAUUUCACCAUGGAAAGAAGGACGAUGCCGAUCGCAAAGUAGUAUACGAACGCUUGUUGAACCUCGCUGUGCCCGAAGAUCCCCAUGGAAAAGGCGUAAAACUGGAAGACUGCCUGGAAGAGUACUUCAACACACGAGUGGAGGUCAACAGGGACAGUGAAGAAGCCAAAAAGUCAAAAUCGGACGAUGGGCCGCUUUUGCGGCGGCCGUCGCUGCUGGCUCGCAACACCAUCAAGAUACUGACGGAUGGGGUUCCCGGUUCAACAGCGAUGACUGCUUCUCCAUUGGCCGCGACAGCGCCAACUGCUCAGGCGAAGAGCGAUGAAAUGGACACGGAGCCGGAAUGCGAGCAUGUUGAAACACAAAUUGAUGUCGAUGUGGCAGAUCAGCCCGGCGAUAUCGUUGGCGAAAGUGGCCCCAUUCACCAACGCCCAUCAACGAGGACAAGGUCAACAAGCGUCAUACAGAGCAUGCUCGUUGACGCUACUGGCCGUCCUGCUUCAGAAGAAGAUGUCUCUCUCCUUGAGAAGGCCAAGCGAAAAGGAUCCACUGUAGUCAAAGCCGUAACCAUACCUGCAUGGCAGUUCUUCAGACUUAUACCAUGGCAUUCUCUUGCCAAGAACGCUCCUCAAAACGACACGGAGGUGGCUAUGAACUUUGAUCAGCGCCCCGUUGUCGGGAUUUGCCUGAAACGAUACACUUUCUCGGCAAGGGGAGAGCCCACGAGGCAGAAUACCUAUAUUGACAUACCAGACAGCCUUCGGCUUCCACAUUUCAUGCUGGCGGAUGGCGCUACAGACGGGGAGGGCGAGAACAGUACGACCGCCUUGACUGGUGACUAUAAGCUUGUUUUGCAGUCAGUCAUUUGCCAUCGAGGGGAUUCUUUAUCCAGCGGCCACUAUGUUUCGUUUGCUCGAGUGGCCCCGAGGUUGCUUGUGAACAACAGGCGGCAUGACGUCGAUCCGCCGCCGGACUACGAAGAUCCUCAAUGGGUCAAAUUUGAUGACUUGCAGACUCACGGUCGGGUACAAUACGUCGAUGACAUCAAGGCUUCCCUUCGAGAUGAGAUGCCCUACCUACUCUUCUAUCAAAUUGUUCCCAUUGCCGACGACCCGCCGUCAGACAAGGACACAGCACCUCCCUCAUACGAGGGAUUCAGGAUGAGCGUUGAGGAACCGACAACGCCCACGGCCGAGGAGAAUUAUGUUUUUGGCGGCGGGCCCUUGACUGGCGCAGUCCAAACACCUGGUCAAUCAAGGUUGGCACACAGGGCACCGGGAAGUCCUGCGACUGCGCCAUCGAGCAAAGCUCCUAGCAUUCGCUUCUCUGCGGAGUUGGACAGGCCUCGAAGGAGCGCCGAAUUCAAUCGUCACUCUGGUUCGGCUCGAGGGGGUUCGCGUCCGCAGAGCGUGUAUCUGACAGAUUCAGCUGUUGUGUCGCCCGCCUUGACGCCGGAAUUACAGCCAUCACCUGCGUUGACGCCGACCGACGAGUCCACUGGCUCUAGGCUUUUCCGCGCCGCAACCCGUUUCAAAUCGUCAUCAUCAAAACAAAGCCGUGCCAAUAGCCAAACGGGCGAGAAUCGCAAUGCCAAUAUGAUGAGUCGAAUGGCCGGCCUGAUGCGUCCUGGCCGGGACGCCUUUGCUGACCCCAGUACACUCAACCUACACUCAAAUAGAGCGAGUCUGGAGGUUCCAGCAAGUGCCGGGGUCGAAUCGACUGUUGAAACGGAGAAGUCGUUUUUCCCUCCUGUGGAAGACUCCCCAAAAACCGACUGGAAAGGCAAAUCCAAAGAUAAAGGCCCCAAGGAACCAAAGAACAAGGACAAGGACAAGGAUAGGACAAAGAAGCACGCAAAAACCGCGAAAGAUCCCACCGCAGAGCCGGAGCGGGAAUGUUCGGUCAUGUAA